CCGGAGCCGGGCCGAGAAGCAGCAAGAUGGCGCCGCCAAGCUCACUGCCGGAGUUGACGGACGACCUCAUCGGCGAGAUCCUCCUCCGCAUUUCGCCGGAUGAGCCUGCGCACCUCUUCCGCACCUCCCUCGUCUGCAGGUCCUGGCGGCACCUCCUCUCCGACCUGGGCUUCCUCCGCCGCUACCGCGAGUUCCACGGGACACCGCCCGUGCUCGGCUUCCUCAACUACAACAGCUUGGAGACCACCACGAGCCCCGCCUGCCCGCUCAUCCCUCCGGCGUUAGACUGCUACGGCUGUGUCGCCCUCGACUGCCGCCACGGCCGCGUGCUCCUCCACACCAUCCACCCGGCGGGCCUCAUCGUCUGGGACCCCAUCACCGGCAACCAGCACCACCUGCCUGAUGCGCCGGAGGACCCGUACAACCACCUCACCGGAGCCGUCCUCUGCGCGGCGGACGGCUGCGACCACGUCGACUGCGGCCGCGGGGGCCCUUUCCUCGUGGUCUUCGGGGGCACCGCCGACGACGAGAACCUCGUGGAGGGGGACGACGUCAGUUUCACGUGGCUGAGCGUCUACUCGUCGGCGACCGGAACGUGGAGCGCGCUGGCCUCGGCUCACCUCGGGCCCAUCGCGACGUCCCGCGACGUGAUGGGGCCCAGCCUGCUCGCCGGAGGCGCGCUCCACUUCCUCCUAGAGGACGGCCGCAGACUGCUCAGGUACGAAUUGGGAAGGCAUGAGCUGUCAGUGACGAACCUGCCACCACCCUUGCGCGUGGGAAACAUGGCCCUCGUGAAGGCGGAGGACGGCGGCGGGCUGGGAGUCGCCGGCGUGGAGGGCUACAGCCUCCACCUGUGGUCCUGGAGGGGAGCUGCCGCCGGAUGGGUGCAGGGAAGGGUGAUCGAGCUGGAUAUGAUGCUCCCCAUGACCAUUGGUGACCCCUCCACCAGACUCCUUGUGGUCGGCUACUCAGAGUGUGCUAAUACCAUUUUCAUACAUUCAAAUGAGGGGAUCUUCACCAUUGAGUUCAAAUCUGACCGGAUCAAGCACAUAUGCGAGAGCCGGGACUUCCAGACCAUCACUCCCUACGCAAGCUUCUACACUCCUGAUUAUGCUUGGGAGAGAUUCCAGCUACUGGUUAAUUGGAUGCAGUGAUUUACACUUGACUUGUGAGCAUGCUGCUGUGGGUCGAUUGAAGGGGGAGGAGUGGCAGCAUUCAAUUCUCAAGCACUGAACAACUGAUGAUCACCUCUGUGCACUGCACUUAAAAUUCUUAGUCACGGUGAGGGCUCGGACGAAUUCCGACCUCAGGCCCCCUACAGAUGCUCAUGUUCGUCAAGGAAGAAAUAUACCUCAGGAAACUUAGUAUAUGGCCUAUGGUCAAUAUGUUUCUUAAUGUGUAGCUUUGAGCUUAAUUAUAUGUUUCAAGACAU